GUUUUGUACUAAAUGAGGGGAAGUCUACAGAGGAGCCAAGCAGCUGAUUGGAACGAUUAGUGGGAAACGGUGCGGCGUCUUGGAGGAUUUCAAUAUUUUGGGCAGAAUUUCAUGUGACGGUGGCGGCAGACAAAGGAGCAAUCAUGAACACAUUUUUACGUGAGGCAAGAAAAUUAGUUUCCAGCAAAUUAUCGGAACGAUUCUGUAUUAUCAUUGGUAACGAAAGUUGCGAUUUGGAUUCUGCUGUGUGCUCGCUGUCUCUGGCUUACUAUUACAACAGGAACAAAAAUAAAAUUCCCAAUUCACCCAAAGUCGCCCACGUUGUACCUUUGUUCAAUAUCAAACGAGAGGAGUUACCAAUUAAAACCGAAGUCAUCUACUUCCUUAGGAAGAAUAACAUCGAAUUCGAUAGUAUUACAUUCCAGGACGACAUCAAUGAGUCAUUCAUAACAAACAAUGACGUAGUUUUGGUCGAUCAUCACUUCUCGAGAUACUCCCCCAUAGCGGUAUUUGACCAUAGACCUUUCGAUCCGAACUCCACCAUACCGAAAGAAUGUAAAAUGGAGCUGGAACUAGUAGGCUCAUGUGCAACUUUGAUUGCAAACAUAAUAUUAAGCGAUGAAAACUAUGCAGACUAUAAGGAUAUUUUGAGACUCCUUCAUGCAGCGAUUGUACUGGAUACCGUGAACUUUUCAAAGGAGGCUCAAAGAGCUAAAGAAAAAGACUUCAACGUAUGCGAAAGAAUUGAGUCCUUGUUGGGACUAUCGAAUGUCGACAACUAUCGCAAGACAUUAUUCGAUGAGCUAGUGGAAGCCAGGGCUGAUGUCAGUUCGUUUGAUUCCUAUCAAAUUUUGUUGAAGGAUAUGAAACUGAUAUCAAGUAAGAAGAACGAGUCCAUCAAAGUUGCACUGCCUGGUUUCCCUAAGUUGGUUAAAGAUUACAUAGCAUUGGAAAAUGCAGAAGAAAACAUUAAAAAGUUCGCAAAAGCGCAUCAGUGUCAAGUUAUAGUGUUGAUAGGGAUGAAAGUUACAGAUGACGGUUUGAAGAGAGAUGUGGGCGUGAUUAACAUGGGAAAUGAUACAUUAUUUGAUGCUAUUGUAAGCAAUUUGAAGAGUUCCAAUCAUUCUUUCGAUUUAGAGGAAUAUAUAGAUUGUAAAUUUCUAGAAGGCAAAUAUUUCAAUCAAAAAAAUAUAAGAGCUUCAAGAAAACAGAUUUUGCCGCUGGUGAAGACGAUUUUAGAUGAAUUUUGAAUGACAUUCGUACCGGGUAGCAGAUUUAUGUUCACAAAAGUGACUAAAACAAAAACUGUGAGGACAUUGUUGUAUUACCACUUUAUAUUAAAUCAAAAACAAUGCUGUCUUGAACUUUUAAAAAGACUCCAAAUUUCUACCGUAAACUUAAUUAUUAAGGUAAACUCAUAGAGAAAAAUUCAAAGGGGUUCGUUUUCGUUCGCCAGAGGAUCGCACUGAAUGUUUACGUAGAAAAUUGCUGAAGGUUCCGGCAGUAUUCAGAGUCGAUUUAUGUUAUUGAAACCACGUUUUGCCACGAGUAAACAAUAAUGAUUCGUGACCCAUUUAAGUGGAAGUAGCCUUCUCACUUUAAAAAUAUAGACUAAAAUUCCUAUUCUCUCUAUUAUUUCUUUAAAAUUGAAUAAACAUUACUUUUUUGUAGUCUCAAAA